AUGACAACAACUAAAAUUUUAGCGCUUAUUCUACUAAACUGUUUUAUACAAAUUCUUCCCGUAUGCAGUGACAGUCAACAUUUAUUAGAAGCAUGGAAGAAAAUCAAUACAAAUUAUGCCAAUGAUAUACAGCAAAGUAACAAUAUCUAUAACAAAAUCAAGGAAGAACAAAAUGCAUUGGAGCAACUGCGCAUCAUAGUGGAAAGGCAUCUAAGAACUAAAAAUGCAGAGCUACUGGUGAAUGCUAUAAGUGUGAACGAUGAUUCAAUUGCUGACAAGAAACUCCGAGAAAUAAUAAAAAAUAUUAGUACCAACUAUGACAGUCAAAUGAUUGACGGAAUUUUCGCUCAAGCAACAGAUGAAAUAGUUUUAACUAGGAAAUUAUCCCAAAUGCCUGAUUUGAUAUGGCGCAUAUAUCACGACAACAACUUGAAAUACUUUGAAAUGAUGCUGAGGUUACAAAUUCAACUAUACAGCAGUUCUAGUAGCAGACAUCAUAGUGAUAAAAACGAAUUUUUACAAAAAUUCGCCUACAGAUUGUAUAAAAUUAAAAAUGAAAGUUUAUACUCUUCAGUGGAUUUAAACCUAAAGUCAAAUGUGCAAAGUAUAGUGGACAAUCUGCCGAAACAUUUAAAAUAUUUAUAUUUUAUGCCAUAUUUCUGUCUGUUAAAUAUUAAAUAUGAGACAUAUAUUUAUGCAGCUAUUGAGGCUAAAGUUGAUCCACUAAGUAGAUACAUUUGGCUGUGGUAUGAUAAUAAAUCCAUGGAUGACACUGGCUACAUUAAAGCCGAAGUUUCGGAGUAUAAUAUGAAUAAAGAGACAAAACUUAAAGUCCUUCUUAAGAGCACUAAAUAUCAACUGUAUUACUAUAUGAUGGCUAGCACAAAUAUGAUUGCCGGUUGGGACAAUGCUGGCACUCCCUCAAAUCAUAUUUGGGAUCUAGAUAUUUUGGACAAUGAUCGUGUUGUGUUUUCCCAAAAUGAUUAUUUAAUGUGUGCCGUGGAAUUACAUGACAAUGAGAGACGUAAUGUGGGUGGACGCAAGAAGGGUAUGGUUUCAUCAUCGAGCACUGAAUGUCAAUGGCGUAUAGGCCCAUGUAUUUUUAAGUGA